ACAGCCAGAGUAACCGGACUCCGGGCGGAGGGUUGCAGACCAAGUACAAGCGGCUGGAGUCCGCGCUGGCCUAAAGGGCAGAGAGGUAGCCCGGCCGGGUCGUGCCCACCAUGCCCUACCUGCUCAUCAGCACCCAGAUCCGCAUGGAGGUGGGCCCCACCAUGGUGGGUGAUGAGCACUCGGAUCCAGAACUGAUGCAGCAUCUAGGAGCCUCAAAAAGAAGUGUCCUAGGAAACAACUUUUGUGAGUACUAUGUCAACGACCCUCCUCGAAUAGUCCUGGACAAGCUGGAACGUAGGGGCUUCCGUGUGCUGAGCAUGACAGGGGUGGGCCAGACGCUGGUGUGGUGCCUGCACAAGGAGUGACCCUCUCACAAUGAAGAGCGACUGGCACCCCUUCUUUGGAAUGGCUGCCACGGGUGCCGACCCCAAGCCCCUGCCUCACUUACUAUCCUGCCCGUUCUUCACAAAUCGUCAUUUUCCUCCACCCAGCACCACUGGCAAUGAAUGGCCUUCUCAGAAACCUGCCUUGGCCUGUGGGGGAGAGCAGAGCCCCUGGUCCUGGUGCCCCAGCUGCCCCUCCAGCUUCAGACCUGGUGCAGGGCCUGGAGGAGACCCUGUCCUGUGGCAGACUGAGGGGCUGGCAAGAGCCAGGCUGCCCCUGGCAGUGAGUUGGUUGUCCGCCGCAUGGCAUGGCUCCAGGACUGGGCAGGUGGGUCCUGCAUAGCUAGUCCAAGCCAAUAAAGAACUGUGAUGAGUGGUUGCUCCUCUGCUCUUCUGGCCACUGACUCUCACUGCUUGGAGUACCUCCCUGGGGGUCUGCCCACUCCCCAGGAAGGACAGCCAGGCCUGGGUAGGGCCCUCCGAGGCAAAGCCCAGAAACUGGGGCCAUGCACAGGGCAAGCCUGCACCCUACACCUAUGUAUGCCAUAGAGGUAGACUCUUAAAAAAAAAACAGAAAGAAAAAA